AUGUUCAGUUCCCAUUCUGAAGACCAAGUAAAUGUCAUCACUGAAGGCGAUAAAUCUGAAACUGGCUCGAAUGCCAACUCGGAGUCUGUUCAUCAACUGGAUUUGUCAUCUGAAGCACUUGUCACCUCGACUCUGAACAUUAGAGGAAACAAAAUCACCACUGUAUGUGCUUCUCAUAUCCUCAAUUCUGAUAAUCGUCUUUGUUUCAGGCAUUCCGACCUCGAACGUCGCCGUACAAAAGAACACUCGGAGAUUCUGAAGUCACAAGGGAAGAGCUCAGAUCUCCAGAUUCGGUAAUCCAAUAGGCCACUAAACAAACUGUAUUUCCAACAUUUUCAGGUGGCCGCUACGUACACAAUUCGCGAGAAUCGGUCGGAACGGCAGACGAAAGUGAAGCUGGAAAGUCUGGAAAGGCGAUUGAAAGCGAACGAAAAGGCGAGGAAGGAAAUGGAGGCGGAAGCGGAGAAAUGGAAGGAUCGGGCGCAGAAAAACUCGAGAAGACUUCCAGAAUUGGAGUUGGAGCUCGCAGAAAUCGGCCAGACAAAUGAGGAAUGGAAGGCGAAGAGCCAGGAAUUAGAGAUUCAGAAUAGGCAGUUGGCGGAGGAGCUGGAGAAAAUGCAGAAGAAGCUGGAGGACUCGGAGGGCUCUCUGAAAGAGUUUCAAAGGAAAAUGAUACCGAUUCUCAAGAUGGAUGUGGAAGAGGUGACUGAGAGUGGCGAAGGGGCACGUGUCGACCUGGGUGCGUUGGAGAAGGAAAUUAUGAGGUAUCAAGCGAAAUGUGCGAGUUUGGAGCAAGAGAAUUCGAAUCUGAGGGAAAAAUUGGAGGAGGUAAGGGCAAUCGUUCAUGUCUUUUUUCAAAAACUGAUCUCAAUUCAGCUGUCUUCUUCACUUUCUCUGAACCAAAACCACGUGUCAACGUUGAUGGAUCACUUGGAAACGAACAAGGCGCAGAGCCGGGAAAUGCAUGGAAUAUGCAGAAAAGUAAUCGAUUCACUCAUUAGUUUCAUCCAACCAUUUUAUUUCAGGAGCUGGAGAUCCGCCAAGACCAUGAGAACCGCAUCAACCAUGACGUCGCAUUGCUCAACUCGACAAUAAACGAACAAAGAAUGGAGCUGGAGAUGCUGAAGGCCGAAAAUCGAUGUCUGAAAUCGUUUUCACAGGAAAUGACGACAUCAAACAAGAAUAACAUAAUCCUUUUGAAGUCGGCGGAAACUGAACGGCGAAGUCUUCUCGAGACUUUGACGGUGCUUCUGAAUUCUGAAGAAGAGCCCACGGAGAACAACGUCAAGAGAAUCAUCAGGCAAGUUGAACGGCAGGGGAACGUCUCAAAACAUCUGGUUGCAGAGACCUAGUACGUGAGAAGAAUGCCGAGCAAACGAGGCGAUUGGAAGCGGAAAAGGCGGCGACGAGUGCAGAAGGCGUGCUCUUGGAACAGGCGAAACACCAGAGAAGUGCACUUUUCAGAGCGAGACUUUCAGAGGAAGAGUACUCGAAAGCAGCUGAGAAAAUAGACGAAUUGGAGCAGGAAUUACUCGCGAGCGACUUGGAAAGGAAGAAUUUGGAGCACAGAAUUGAUGUGUUCGACAAAUGCAUCGGCAAAGUGAACGGAAAAACAAAGAAAUGUUCAAUCGGGAAAAUUCCAGAUCUCACACCUUCUGAAUGUUAACGUUGGCGGAGUGUUCGACGCGAUAUUCGAUCGGAUUGAAGAGCUCGUCGCUCAAGAAUCCGUAUACAGAGUGGUUGUGAAUGAGAACAGACUCGUCGUGAGUGAUCGCUCUCUCUCACAGAUCGAUCUGGAAUCAUUUCAGUCUGAGAACAUCUUGCGCGGUCUUCAAAGUGUUCGGAAGGAGUUGAUAGUGGCGAAGGGCGACGGGAAGAAAGGGUCGGGAUCUCCCGCGAAUGCAGUCGUGACCACUGCUGCCAAGAUCAUUCAGGUGGCAGAAAGAAGUCCGUUGAGAAUCCUGAAUUCUGUUUUCUAGGAACGAACUCAUACUCUGAAAACCAUUGACAAAAUGGACAAGUUGAACAAGGAUCUUCUGGCGACAAUGACAAUCGAGACGUUGAGAGCCGCGGACAUCGAGAAGAGCAAUCUGAAGGUGAGCGGGCUUCAGAAGUUUGACGUGACGUCUCCAACAAGUUUUAGAAGAAAAUGAGUGAGCAAGACGCAAAAAUCCGUCAAUUGGAACGAGACAAGAAGGAGGGAGAGAGAAUCCGAUCGAUAAUUGCAAAGUGGGAACGGAGAAACGUUCCGAAGACCGAGAAGACUAUGAAGAAGACGCCGUCGAUGGAGCACAUUCGGACCAAGUCUCAGACUUCCAUCACUGGAUUGUCCUCUGCUCUUUAA